AUGUCUAUAACCACAACUACUAAACAACCUUUUGGUGAUUAUUUAUCCAAUAAUGGAAAAGAUUAUAACCAUGCAACCGAUAACCAAUAUAAAAUCUUGAGAACGAAGGCAGACGAAGCUUUCAAAAGAAAACAACAACUUUCGAUAGAGUCACAAAGUGCUUACAAAAGUAAUGAUAAAAAGAGGGCACAUGAAUUAAGUGAAGAGGCUAAGAAAUAUCUAAAAACAGCUGAAAACUAUAAUAUGCAAGCGGCAGAGUAUGCUUUGAUAGAAAACAAUACAGAUAGCGCUAGUGAUGAAAUUGACCUUCAUGGGUUGUACGUUAAAGAAGCACAAUGGAUCAUGCAAAGAAGAAUUGCUAAUGGUGUGGGAAAUAACGAACAAGUUUUAAAGGCUAUUGUUGGGAAAGGGAAACAUAGUGCUAAUGGUAUUGCAAGGUUGAAGCCAGUCAUUGAAGAGUUAUGUGAGACAGUUCACUUGAAUAAUUAUGUUGAUCCGAAUAAUAGUGGUGUUUUAAUUAUUGAUUUAAGGAAUGUAGCGAAUAGAAUUCCUUCCAGUUGGGCUACAAUGGAUUAUUCUACAUUUUUACAUCAUGAUGGAGCAUCCGAUGGAGUUGUCAAACCACAAAAUGGCACUGCUUAUAAUCACGAUGAUCCAAAGCCACAGUACCAACAACCACAAUACCAACAACUACAAUACCAACAACCCCAGUACCAACAACAACAACCCCAAUACCAACAACAACAACCCCAAUAUCAACAACAACCUCAACAACAACAACCUCAACAACAACAAAGUGAUAAUAGCCUGGGAAGCUUGCUUCUUAAAGUUUUUUGUAUUUGUUUGCAAAAGAAUCUGUGA